AUGCUUAUCGUCCAGGACCUGAAGACCCGUCACAAGACUUGGACCAGCACCCGCGCGGGCAAUCGCACACUCACGGUCCGACCCGGCGUCGUCGUCAUGAAGUUCGGCGAGCAGCUCCGUUCCAGCGUCAUCCACGAGUACCAAUGGUACUACAUCGACUAUGAUGGCCUGAAGGACGAAAUCAAGAACGCCACCGGCUCCCCCAAGCCCGGUGGCAUUGGUGGCCCCGAAUGGAGCGAGGACGACGAGUCGCGCUUCGUCGCCAAGCUCGAGAUUGAGCUCGAGAAGGUCCACACCAAGCAGCAGGUCAAGGCCAUGGAGAUUUCCCGCCGCAUCGCCAUCAGCGAGCGCGAGGUGAAGGAGGUCGUCAACCGCCUCAACGAGCGCGGCCUCGGCGAGAACGGCCCUUCCGAAGAGGAGUUCAUGCUCCUCGAGGAGGACCUGAGUGAUAUCAUCGCCGACGUCCACGAUCUCGCCAAGUUUGUCCAGCUCAACUACACCGGCUUUUAUAAGAUCAUCAAGAAGCACGACAAAUUGACCAGAUGGCACCUCAAACCCGUUUUCGAUACGCGACUCAAGGCAAAGCCUUUCUACAAGGAGAAUUACGACGCAUCCGUCAUCAAGCUAUCGAAGCUCUACGAUCUCGUCCGUACUCGGGGCAACCCUGUCAAGGGCGACAGUGCUGCCGGUGGUGGCCAAGCCAGCUUUAUCCGACAGACGACAAAGUACUGGGUGCACCCAGACAAUGUCACCGAGCUGAAGCUCAUUAUCCUCAAGCAUCUGCCUGUCCUUGUUUUCAACCCCAGCAAGGAGUUUGAGCAACAGGACUCGGCCAUUACUUCCAUCUACUACGAUAACCCCGACACCUGGGACUUGUACGAGGGCCGAUUGAAGAAGACCGAGGGCGCUGAGGCUAUCCGACUUCGAUGGUACGGAGGAAUGCAGACCGAGACUAUUUUCGUCGAGCGCAAGACCCAUCGAGAAGAUUGGACUGGUGAAAAGUCCGUCAAGGCUCGUUUCUCCAUCAAGGAGAAGAACGUCAAUUCGUAUAUGAAGGGAGAGCUUCUCCCCGCAGCCAUUUUCGAGAAGGCGCGCAAGGAGGGCAAGAAAUCCGAAAAGGCCAUUGCCGAGGACGAGCGAUUGGCAUCCGAGGUUCAGUACUCCGUCCUUAAGAAGGGAUACAAGCCAGUGUGCCGAUCCUUCUACAACCGUACAGCUUUCCAGCUGCCCGCCGACGCCCGAGUCCGUAUUUCGUUGGAUACUGAGCUCACCAUGGUUCGAGAGGACAACCUGGAUGGCCGCUCUCGCUCUGGAGACAACUGGAGACGCAUGGACAUUGGUGUCGACUUUCCCUUCUCCCAACUACCUCCCGAAGAUGUUGAGCGAUUCCCCUACGCCGUCCUCGAGGUCAAGCUCCAGACCCAGAUGGGCCAGGAACCCCCGGAGUGGGUUCGCCAGCUCAUCUCUUCCCACCUUGUCGAGGCUGUUCCCAAGUUCUCCAAGUUCAUCCACGGCACCGCAACCUUGUUUCCCGACCGCAUUGACUUGCUGCCUUUCUGGAUGCCACAGAUGGAUGUAGAUAUUCGCAAGCCUGCUAGCCAUGACUUUGGCAUCCGUCGUCCCGGCAUGUCGGGGACAACCACCACCUCAGAUGACGAGGACGAUUUGGACUCUGAUGACGAGGAUCUAAGACCCACGAACCGUUAUCCCGGUAACGGUAGUGGAAACGGUGAGUCGAGCGCUCAGGGGGCCAGUCGCCGUCGGGGUCUUCCCUCGGAUGUUGAGGGCCAGAUUGGCGAUGCGUCUGGGGACAAUGAUGACUUCCCGAUCUACGACUCAGAUGACGACUACGACGAGAACUACGAGCUGGAGCAAGCCAAGAGAAUUGGCGGAUGGCACUACUACUCAACUCUCAUCUCAACCAAGGGUCGUGCCUUGGGUCGUGGAACCGUCAACGUCCUUCAGCAUGCGAUCCCGACACCGCGUAGCACCGCGGUGCCCCGAAGCGAUCGGCUCCAGGCUCUGUUCGGCAUGGAUGAGAUUCAGAACAAGAAGUUCCGCGCUCCCAAGGGCAAGAAGAUUUACGUGCCUGUCCGCGUAGAACCCAAGGUGUACUUUGCGGCUGAGAGAACUUUCCUUGGAUGGCUCGAGUAUUCCAUCUAUAUUGGCACCAUUGCCGUUACUCUGCUCAACUUCGGCACCCACCCAACGCCCACUUCCUUCUGGAUUUCGGGUGUCUUCACGCUUCUGGCUAUUAUGAGUUUGUGUUACUCGGUUGGCACAUAUCUGUACCGAAGUAACGCUAUCCGGACGCGCAGGGUUGUCAAGUUCUACGACCGCUGGGGUCCGAGUGUUCUCUGCGUAUCACUGUUUGUGGCGGUUGCGCUCAACUUUGCAUAUGAGGGCCGAGAGCGGCAGAUUUGGUGA